AACACCAUGGGGAAUGGGUGCUAUUAAGUGUUUUUUUUUUCUCAUUUUAAACCAGUCUGAGUCAAUAAAUUUCGAGUCUGUCUAUUAUUGACUACAUAAGUAGCGAUAAAAAAAUCGAGGAUUUUGUUAGAUUGGUGAGCCAUAGAGGUCGCCUCAUGAAUAUGAAUUAGGUCGAGGAGAAUAAGACGAACCUCCCGUGAAAGACAGUGUGCAUCCGCCUGAGAUACGGCGUUAGUGUAUUGUUUAGCAACACCGCGAUUCUUACUGUACUAUAUUACUCUCUUUUUGUGUUUAUAGACAUAAACUUUCGUAAUGGCUCUACGGAGGACCCUGGCUCCUCUUUUCAGAACCCAGCUCACUAUCGCUUGCCGCCAGCAGCAGCAUCGUGCGCAGUCUGUGGCUAUUUUGGGUGCUCCUUUCUUCAAAGGACAGAAAAGAAGAGGAGUGGAACAUGGACCGAAGGCCAUCAGGGAUGCUGGUUUGGUCGGGAGGCUCUCCAGUUUAGACUAUCCAGUUCAUGACUUUGGAGACCUGAACUUCCAAGACCUGGACAAAGAUGAGCACUUUAUGCAUGUGCCCUUCCCCCGUACUGUUGGUCGUGCCAAUCAACUGCUGUCCAGUGCAGUCAGCAGGGCUGUGGGUGCUGGGCAUACCUGUGUCAUGCUAGGGGGUGACCACAGUCUAGCUAUUGGCUCUGUGGAAGGCCAUGCCCAACAAUGCCCAAACCUGUGUCUCAUCUGGGUGGAUGCCCAUGCUGAUAUUAAUACUCCCCUUACCUCACCCUCGGGCAACCUCCAUGGCCAGUCUGUUGCCUUCCUGCUUAAAGAGCUCAGGGACAAGAUGCCUGACAUUCCUGGGUUCUCCUGGAUGAAACCCUUCCUGUCAUCCACGGACUUGGUGUACAUCGGCCUGCGGGAUGUUGAUCCUGGCGAACAUUACAUAUUGAAGAACCUGGGGAUCCAGUACUUCACCAUGAGAGACAUAGAUAGGUUGGGGAUCCACAGAGUCAUGGAGGUUACCUUUGACCACCUUUUGGCCAGGAAACAACGACCAAUCCACCUAAGCUUUGAUAUUGAUGCCUUUGAUCCUUCUCUGGCCCCUGCUACUGGGACCCCUGUAAAUGGGGGACUCACAUACAGGGAGGGAAUCUACAUUACAGAAGAGAUUCAUAACACAGGGCUCCUGUCAGUUAUGGAUCUAGUGGAGGUAAAUCCUGCUCUGGGGUCAAAUCGUGAAGCUGUGGAGGCAACCGCAGGACUGGCAGUUGAUGUGAUUGCAUCGUCCUUGGGACAGACAAGGGAGGGUGCACAUGUAGCCUUCCAGGAGAUCCCAUCCCCAACAGCCGAUACAGAACAAUUACGCCUCUAGAAGUAGAGCUUCAGGCAGAGCUUGCAGAAACCAAGGACUGUCCAUAUCUUACAACUUUGCAUUCCACACUCUCUUCUUUGAGAAGAGCUUGCACAGGCACCAGAUUGUCUAAACAGUAUUUAGAACUUUGACUGAACCUUAAACUUGAUCCACCAAUUUGAAAUUUUACUGUGCACCAAUUAAAAACUGAGAGAAUAUUCACUAAGGGGAAGAGAUGCACCAUUUAGUCAUCUUCAAACUAUGUACUUGAGUUCGGUCCAGGUUUGCUCAAGGCCAAGAUAUUUCAACAGCAUGCUGGUACCACUUCAGGUUUUUUUUCAGUGACAGGCAUUUGCACUUUGGGCCAGCUGUGGUUUAAUGUGAUUUCUGGAAUGUUAAUGUUUUUGUAUAGUAAUUUAAAUGAUUGAGAACUUUUAUUAACUGAGUGAUUUUAAAGUAGUCUGAUCAUAAAGAGGAAUCUUUGACUUUGUCAAAAUCUGCUUCACUGAGUGGGGAAAAAUAAACCACAUUUUUGCUAAUA